AACCAGAGCUUUGCUCGAACGCCACGGUUGCGGGCUUUUCAGGCAUAGCGUUGCGAGCUCUCCAGGAACUCUCACGCGUCCACCACAAGCCACUCCGCCUACGACGCCUGUCGCCGCACAAGAAGGACCCGCAGCCAGAGAUGUCUCUGCGCGCCGCACGCCUCCUCCUCCAGCGCGCCGCGCCCGUAGGAGCUCAAGCGUGGCGCCGCGGGGCCCCGGCCCUAGCCCUCCGGUCCGCGCAGUCCCUGCGCGCCUUCUCGGACCGUGGCGCCCCGCCGCCGUCCGACACCGCACCGGCGCGAGGCGCCCCGCCGCCGAAGGAACUGGAGCCGCACGACUGGCACCCCGUCGUGGAUCCGGAGACGCAGGGCACGUACUACCACAACCCCAUGACGGGCCUCGUCACCGCGGUUGGGGUGGAAAAACCGGUGUGGGAGCCGGUAGAAGCGAACGGCGGCGUCUACUGGUGGAAUAUUGAUACCGAUGAGACCACGGCCAUCGGCGAGCCGUGCCCCGCCUUACAACAGCAACCUGGGCAAGGUGGUCAGCUCCAGCAGCAGCAGGGCUUCGCGCUCGGCCAGCCCCAGCAACAAGGCGGCGGCAUGAUGUCGGGGCUGGGCCAGACGAUGGCCCAGGGCAUGGCCUUCGGCGCCGGUUCCAGUGUUGCGCAUUCCGUCAUGGGGUCGAUGUUCGGCGGCGGCUCGUCGUCGUCCCAUGAGCCGGUGGACCACAACUCGGGCGGCGGCGACGACUGGGGCGACGGCGGGGGGGAUGAUGAUUGGGCCUAAACAAA